AUGCUAGUUAGCUUGAGCUACAGCACCUUGGGUCACUGUUUCAAUAGCUACAAUUGUUUCGGCAACUUCUCUAGCUGUACACUUGUACUGCUUCUUUCGAAUUUGAUACCUACGAGCCCAUCCAGUAAACUGUGGGUUCAUCUUGCCGGUGGAGAGCUCGGACGCUUAGUGGGAUCCAAUUCGAGGGAUUUUCUAGGUUCAUUAAUCAAGCCUUUUGGGGUGAAAUUUCCCUUUCUGCCAGUCUGCCGCCACCACUGCUUGGGUCGCACAGAUUUGUCCGUCCCUGCUCAGCUCUGGGGCCGCCGCGUGCUGCAGCUCGCCGACGCCGGCGACGGGCUAAUGCAGCGGCGCCAUCGGGACAUCGCUAUCAUUGACCUCCUCAAGCACCGUGAAUCUUUUAAUUGGCUGCAUCAGGAAUUCUAUCUCCUGCUCAUCGGCGACGGCCCAUUCCCACGGUGGCUGAGAUUCCAGGAGACCCGACCUCGCUGA